GCGUGGGUCGGAGAUACGGGUGGGAUAUGAAGAGAGAAGAGCUGGGGGAAGAGAGAGCAAGGCGCAAGGGAGGGAAUGUGAAGGAGAAGGGAAAGAAGGGAAAUAGAGAAGAAUUUUGGGAUUAGAAUCUCAGAUCUGGGGUGGGCCGUAAAGAUAAUCUCAUUGUCAGGGAACGUAAAGUUCAGAGUCAACCAGUGACUGACUGACGGGCGUGCAAAAUGGCAGCAGAACUCGAGCUGCAGGGACCCCAACUUUCCUGACUCUGAGUUCAGUUCAUUUCCUGAAAAUGUCAGAGCAGCUCUGGUGAGACUAGGGGAAAAUGGAGGCGUGGCCCCAGCACUCAGGAAGUUCUCAGACGAAAGAACCGGGGUCCAGAGGAGAGGUUGAACAAGAAAGAAGUGAGGCGGGAGGGUAGAGAAGGGAAAGAAGAGAAAUGGAAAUCAGGAUGUGCACGUCCAACUCGCCAAUCACAUUGUCUCCUCCGAGCCCUAGCUCUUGCUGUACCCUUUACCUGGGAUGCUUACUCAGAAGUCUACACCAGCUCAAGUUUCUGCUCGGAGAAAGCUACUCUGACACCCCAGAUCCCUUAUAUUUCAUGGCAGGAGAGGUGGGUAAAUUUAGGGAUAGUGAAGACAACAACAAAUUAAUCACGAGCUUUCCUCGUACCUCAGAACCUGUCCUCAGUAAGAAUGUCAGAAAGGGUUGACUGGUUACAAAGCCAAAAUGGAGUAUGCAAAGUUGAUGUCUAUUCACCUGGAGACAGCCAGCCCCAGGACUGGAAAAUGUCGGAUGAAUCCUUGUCUAUUUUUAAGGAAGCCUCAACUGAUCCUAUCAGAGUGCUCAGCUGGCUCCGCAGAGACCUGGAAAAAAGUACAGCAGGAUUCCAAGAUGUUAAGUUCAAACCUGGAGAAUCCCCCUUAGGUGGGGAAGUGAGUGACUUAGGAGACCCCUGCAAGGGUUUCUCUGUGGACUAUUACAAUGCCACCAACAAGGGCAGUCCAGGAAGAUUGCAUUUUGAGAUGACUCACAGAGAGAACCCCAUCCAGGGCCCCAGUGUCCAACUUGGUAAUGGGAGUUCAGUAGAUGAAGUUUCUUUCUAUGCUAAUCGCCUCACAAAUCUAGUCAUAGCCAUGGCCCGCAAGGAAAUCAAUGAGAGGAUAGAUGGUUCUGAAAACAAAUGUGUCCAUCAGUCAUUAUACGUGGGAGAUGAACCCACGCCCAACAAAAGCUUGAGUACGGUGGCAUCAGAACUGGUGAAUCAGACUGUCUCUGCAUGUUCCAAGAAUGCUACCUCAGAUAAGUCUCCAGGCUCUGGUGACAGAGCCUCAGGAUUAUUACAGAGUCCCCCAAAUUUGAAAUAUAAGACCACUCUGAAGAUCAAGGAGAGCACCAAGGAAAACAAGGGUGCAGAUGAUAAGCCUCCUUCUAGAAAGUCUUUCUUCUACAAGGAGGUGUUUGAAUCUCGUAAUGCAGGUGAUGCCAAAGAGGGUGGAAGGUCCUUACCUGGGGAGAAAAAGAUGUUCAGAGGGCAAGAAAGACCUAAUGACUUUACAGCUUCUGUUAGUCAAGGGAUCAUGACCUAUGCUAAUAGUGUGGUAUCUGAUAUGAUGGUGUCCAUCAUGAAGACACUGAAGAUCCACGUGAAGGACACAACCAUUGCCACCAUUCUGCUAAAGAAGGUACUGCUCAAGCAUGCAAAAGAGGUCGUCUCAGAUCUUAUUGACUCCUUCAUGAAGAACCUCCACAAUGUCACAGGGACCCUCAUGACUGAUACAGACUUUGUCUCAGCUGUAAAAAGAAGUCUGUUCUCUCACGGAAGCCAGAAGGCCACAGAUAUCAUGGAUGCCAUGCUUGGUAAGCUAUACACUGUAAUGUUUGCAAAGAAACCACCUGAAAAUGUCAGGAAAACUAAGGACAGGUCUGAGAGUUACUCCCUUGUCUCCAUGAAAGGAAUGGGUGACCCUAAAAACCAAAAUUCAAACUUUGCAGCCAUGAAAUCUGAAGGUAAAUUGAGGGAAAAAGUGUACUGUCCUGCAUCCAAACCUGAGGAGAAGUCUUGUGUCGAAACUCUGGGUGAACACAUUAUCAAAGAAGGACUGACACUUUGGCGUAAAAGUCAGCAAAAAGAAGGAAGAUCUCCAGGUUUCCAAAGGGCAACAUUUGCAGCUCCCAACAAACAGUACAAGCCUGUACCAGACAUUCCUCUGGACUAUCCUUUGGAUACUUCCAGCCUCAGCCCCCCUUUGCAUCACCAAGAGAAACCUGAGAAUUUUAUGUGUGAUUCAGACUCCUGGGCCAAGGACCUGAUCGUAUCUGCCUUACUUCUGAUUCAAUACCACCUGGCCCAGGGAGGAAGCAUGGAUGCACAGAGCUUCAUUGAAGCAGCUGGCAGUACCAACUUGCCUGCCAACAAGUCCCCUGUAGUUUCUGAUGAGUCCAGCCCCAAGUCUCCUCAAACGGGAGGUAACCAAGAGGAAGCAGAAAAGAAAGAUCUGAUGAGUGUUUUCUUUAACUUCAUCCGGAAUUUACUUGGUGAGACCAUUUUCAAGAGUGACCGUAGCUCUGAACCCAAGGUGCCAGAAAAGCCAAUUAAGGAAGAAUGUAGCCACCAGAGUGAAAGACCUGUAACCCCUUCUCCCAUCAAAUUAAGUGAAGGUGAUGAGGCUGGUGGUCCCUUUGCUGGGCUGACCAAGAUGGUUGCUAGCCAGCUAGAUGGCCACAUGAAUGGGCAAAUGGUAGAACAUCUGAUGGACUCAGUGAUGAAGUUAUGUCUCAUUAUUGCCAAAUCCUUUGACUCUCCCUUGGCAGAGCUGGGAGAUGAUAAGUCUGGGGAUGCAAGCAGGCCAACUUCAGCCUUCCCAGAUAGUUUAUAUGAGUGCUUACCAGUCAAGGGCACAGGGACAGCAGAGACUGUCCUGCAGAAUGCCUAUCAAGCUAUCCAUAACGAAUUGAGAGGUAUGUCAGGACAGCCCCCUGAAGGGUAUGCAGCACCCAAAGUGAUUGUCAGCAAUCAGAGCCUAAGUGAUACGGUUCAGAACAAGCAACUCCAAGCCGUACUUCAGUGGGUCGCCGCCUCUGAACUCAAUGUCCCUAUUUUGUACUUUGCUGGUGAUGACGAAGGAAUCCAGGAGAAGCUACUUCAGCUCUCGGCUGCUGCUGUGGACAAAGGACGCAGCGUAGGUGAGGUCCUGCAGUCAGUGCUGCGCUAUGAGAAGGAGCGACAGCUGGAUGAGGCGGUGGGAAAUGUUACGCGACUGCAGCUGCUGGACUGGCUGAUGGUGAACCUGUAAUCGGCGCCCACCUACUGCUUUCCCCCUUUCCCCUCCCUUAGUACCUCCACAGCUCCCCUCUCCAUAUCCUUACAGAGCCCUAACGUUAUCUUCAUACCACUCACAUCAAAGACAUGUCAUCUUAUGCUAGCCACUGGAUUUUGCAGAUUUUCCUGUCCAUGCAAGCAAGGACACAAGAUUAAAAAAAUUACAAUUAAAGGGCUCCCGGUGUUUGGUUUCCUUGGGAUCCAAUGGGACAAUGAGGUAAAGAAACUUCAGGGAUUAAAAAAUUAUCAGAGGGAUAGCAGAAGAAAAAUAAUGCUGUCCUGAGAGGCCCUGGCUAAGGUCAUUCAUCCUAUUUCUAGGUAUCCGAUCGAGUCCGCAACUUGAAGAUCCCCUGCCUUAAAGUGUUCCUAAGAAUAAGCAGUUACAAUUUAUUUUAUAACCAUGUAAAUCACAGCAUAUUCUCUAUUCAGCCUGAAUCAUUCUAAUUAUGAUAUUGAGGACAUGGCUGCUUCUCCUGUCUCUGUAGAGUUGCAGAACACUUGUCUCCCUCCACUUUAUCCAUGGUUGAAGAUAGAUAGUGUCAAAAAAGAUCCAGAAGAUCUGAAUUCUAUUGCCAAUUCUGUACUUUUCUGGCUAGUCACCUGUUAGGACACUUCUCCCAUUUAAUAUCCAUAUCACCCCACUUAAUAGGGCAUUUUCUAUUCUUAUCCUGACCUUUCUAUGGAAUUUUAUUGAUCUUUCUAGAAACUUUCUCCUUUGGUUUCUAAUUUUUGGGUUGUUUUGUUUUGUUUUACAUCUCUUGGGGACUCUAGUUAACUCCGUCACCCCCGGCAUAUUUAUCUUUCCUACUUUCUUUUGACCCUCUGCUAUUCUCAUUCUGUUUCACCUCUCCUGGGUGAUCUUAUCCAAACCCGCUGCUUCAGUUAUCUGGUGUCCUCCUUCGUGAACUAUUACACAGUAAUUAAAAUGAAAACUAUAAAGCCAGGUAUAUUUUCCAUGUUGUUUAUGAAGUUAUGAUCUUAAGAAGUUUCUUAUAAAAUUAUAUCUGUUCUACAAUUAGAAUCAUAUAGAGAUUAUAUAUUCAUAUAGAGAAGAACUAGAAAACCAAAUAAAAGAGAUUUUGAGGAUGAUGGAUGAGUGAAUAUAUCCUGUUGUUUAUUCAGCUACCCCUCCUCUGGGAAAUAAUCUGUCCCCUACUCCGUGGUGCCACCAUCUUCAUAGUGUGGACUUGCGACCCAACCCGUCUGAUCACAGGAUCCCAAUAUCUCAGACGUAGUGCCUGGUUCAAGUCCAGUCAUUUCUGAGAUUUUCCUGCCAGCACUGCAUCUUUUGACUAGACAAUGGUGGUCACUUUAACUUCUGGGCAGAACUUGUCUUUAGAAUGAAAACCACAAAAAGAAGAAGGGCUGAGGGGGAAUCUGAGCCCUAUGACCUCAUCUGAAUUUUUAGACUCUACAGUGUCUGAAAUCACACUUACCCGCCCUGAUUCCCCAAUUACGUAAACAAAUAAAUGUCCUCUGUUGCUGAACCUAGUUUCAAGCUAAAUUCAGUGAUUUUAUCCAAACCCACUGCUUUAAUUAUCUGGUGUCUUCCUUCAUGAAAUAUUACACAGUAAUUAAAAUGAAAACUCUAAAGCCAGGUAUAUUUUCUAUGUUGUUUAUGAGGUUAUGAUCUUAAGAAAUUUCUUAUAAAAUUGUAUCUGUUCUAUAAUUAGAAUCAUAUAGAGAUUGUGAAAAACUAGUUUUUCAUUUUCAAACAAGAAUCCUAAGGGGUUAGCUGUCUUGGAGAAAAGAAAAAAAAAUUAGAGUUCUGUUAGUGACGCUAUGACGUUGAGUGCUUACCCCUCCGCCCCCAUAUACAUACAUCAUUUUAUCUGGUUCAGGGCAUAAGGAGGGAGUGUAGGUGUAAGGACAUUCUCAUCAUAAUAGGAAUCAUGCUAACUGGCCAUGUGAAUAAAGUUUUUUUUUAAACAAACCUUUAUGCAU